GCUUUUUACAGCAUUAACGUUUAUAUUCUUUGACAUUCAUCAUAAAAAGGAAAAUGCGUGAAGUUAUAUCUAUCCAUAUUGGUCAAGCCGGUGUCCAGAUGGGCAAUGCCUGUUGGGAGUUGUACUGUUUAGAACAUGGUAUCCAACCUGAUGGUCAGAUGCCUUCUGAUAAAACUAUUGGAGGUGGAGAUGAUUCCUUCAAUACUUUCUUUGCUGAGACUGGUUCUGGUAAACAUGUACCAAGAACAAUAUUUAUGGACUUAGAACCUAAUGUUGUUGAUGAGGUCCGAACUGGUACCUACAGACAACUCUUCCACCCAGAACAACUUAUCACUGGUAAAGAAGAUGCUGCCAACAACUACGCCAGAGGUCACUAUACUGUUGGGAAAGAAAUCAUAGAUUUGGUACUUGAUAGAACCAGGAAACUGGCUGAUCAAUGUACUGGACUUCAGGGUUUCUUGAUCUUCCACUCAUUUGGUGGCGGAACUGGUUCGGGAUUUACUUCUUUACUUAUGGAAAGGCUGAGUGUGGAUUACGGCAAGAAAACUAAACUUGAGGUAGCGGUGUAUCCAUCUCCGAGUCUAGCAACAGCUGUUGUUGAACCAUACAACUCGAUACUUACCACCCAUGUUACAUUAGAACAUUCCGACUGUGCCUUUAUGGUAGAUAACGAAGCUUUGUUCGAUAUUUGUAAGAGUAACUUGAACAUAGAACGUCCCACAUACACCAACCUAAAUCGUAUAAUAGGACAGGUUGUAAGUUCUAUUACGGCUUCUCUCCGAUUCGAUGGGGCCUUGAACGUGGAUUUGGGAGAAUUUCAAACGAAUUUGGUACCCUAUCCACGUAUCCACUUCCCUUUGGCUACAUAUGCACCCAUUAUAUCGGCCGAGAAGGCUUACCAUGAACAACUUAAUGCAGUCCAAAUAGCUAACGCUUGUUUUGAACCAGCUAACCAGAUGGUCAAAUGUGAUCCUCGUCAUGGUAAAUACAUGGCUUGCUGUAUGUUGUAUCGAGGUGAUGUUGUUCCCAGCGACAUCAGUGCAGCUAUUGCCAGUAUCAAGACCAAAAGAACCAUCCAAUUCGUCGACUGGUGUCCAACUGGUUUUAAAGUUGGUAUCAACUAUCAACCACCAACUGUUGUACCGGGAGGGGAUUUAGCCAAAGUACAGAGAGCUGUUUGUAUGUUGAGCAACACCACUGCUAUUGCUGAAGCUUGGUCGCGUCUUGAUCAUAAAUUUGAUAUCAUGUACGCUAAAAGAGCUUUCGUCCAUUGGUAUGUAGGUGAAGGUAUGGAAGAAGGUGAAUUCUCUGAAGCUAGAGAAGAUUUGGCUGCUCUUGAGCGCGAUUAUGAGGAAGUCGGCACGGAUACAGCUGAGUUGAACGCUGAAGAUGAAAACGAAGAAUAUUAAUCGUAACGUGUUUAUUAUGUGUAUUAAAAGUUAUUUUUAGUCUGUUAAUAAAGUAUCUAUAAUU